GCGGCCCCCGCGGCGCAGACGCCCCAGCCCCCCACCGCCCCCAAAGGGGCCAGCGACGCCAAGCUCUGCGCUCUCUACAAAGAGGCCGAGCUGCGCCUGAAGGGCAGCAGCAACACCACCGAGUGUGUCCCCGUGCCCACCUCCGAGCACGUGGCCGAGAUCGUGGGCAGGCAAGGCUGCAAGAUUAAGGCUCUGAGGGCCAAGACCAACACGUACAUCAAGACACCGGUGCGUGGCGAGGAGCCCGUGUUCAUGGUGACGGGGCGGCGGGAGGACGUGGCCACAGCCCGACGGGAAAUCAUCUCGGCGGCCGAGCACUUCUCCAUGAUCCGCGCCUCUCGCAACAAGUCGGGCGCCGCCUUCGGCGUGGCACCGGCUCUGCCGGGCCAGGUGACCAUCCGCGUGCGGGUGCCCUACCGCGUGGUGGGGCUGGUGGUGGGCCCCAAGGGGGCCACCAUCAAGCGCAUCCAGCAGCAGACCAACACGUACAUCAUCACGCCGAGCCGCGACCGCGACCCGGUGUUCGAGAUCACGGGCGCCCCGGGGAACGUGGAGCGCGCGCGCGAGGAGAUCGAGACGCACAUCGCGGUGCGCACCGGCAAGAUCCUGGAGUACACCAACGAGAACGACUUCCUGGCGGGGAGCCCCGACGCCGGCCUGGACGGCCGCUACUCCGAGGCCUGGCGGGUACACCCGCCGGGCUGCAAGCCGCUCUCCACCUUCCGCCAGAACAGCCUGGGGUGCAUCGGCGAGUGCGCCGUGGACUCCGGCUUCGAGGCCCCGCGCCUGGGCGAGCAGGGCGGGGACUUCGGCUACGGCGGCUACCUGUUCCCGGGCUACGGCGUGGGCAAGCAGGACGUGUACUACGGGGUGGCCGAGACCAGCCCCCCGCUCUGGGCGGGUCAGGAGAACGCCACGCCCACCUCGGUGCUCUUCUCCUCCGCCUCGUCGUCGUCGUCCUCGUCCGCCAAGGCCCGCGCGGCGCCGCCUGGGGCGCACCGCUCGCCCGCCACCACCAGCCAGGGAGGAGAGAGGAAGGAGGUCAUGGUCAGCCACGCUGGCCUGUGA